AUGGGAGCAGGGGGGGUAAAUUCUUAGAGGAUUCGUUCGUAAUAGCGAAUUUUCCCGUAUAAUAGAUCCCAUAGCGGGGUGCGACUGUAAUUAUGAAGAAAUAAAAUAAAAGGUCUGAGCAGAAUUUUUGGAACCCUCAUCGACAACCACAAUGAGAAGAAGAAAAGAAAAAAAAGAGAAACCUGCUCUUGCCGAACACCUGACCAGACAAAAAACUGACUUCUUGUGAUUCCUCAGAAAAAAAUGUGAUUUUCUCCCUCUCACUAAGAAUGCCAUUUCAAAUAUGAGUUACCUACAGUAUUAUACCGUACCCCCAUCCUGCGAAUCAUCCUAAUCCUGGGCUGCGCGUGCAACCCCAGGGUGUGAGUCCGGGAACGGUAGACUAUAUAACGACCGUCAAUGCUGCCCUCGGCCCACACAAACCCAUCUCAGGUCUCCAAACCCCACGGCCCCGACUAAUCAGCACAAUCCUACAUACCAGACACAAAAAGUCGCACCACAUCCCCCUCUUGACUCUUGUCGCUCAGCACCCCCUCCCCAUGUUCCCACCCGGAUGCGGCAACGACGUACCAGUCGUAGGCCAAAUAUAUGUCAUCAGCCUGUUCGGCACGAACCAAGUGCUCACGGGUCAAGGGGGAGAGCUUUCCCUCAAGGAAUAUCAGGAGGGUCACUGGGACCAGAUGUGGGUCUUCCACAUAAACUCGGACCAUUGGCAUGGCAUGAAGAACAGAUCCACCGGGUGUUUUCUGGGCCGGGCGGAGGGAAACAAGACAAGAUGUUCGAUACGUGACCACAGGCUUUGGGAGUAUUUUUCCUUCGUGCGGCAUGGUCUAGGCGGGUAUUCAAUGAUGAUGAGCCCGCACGACGGCGGUAGGAGGCUUGGGCUGCUUCAACGCAUCGACAGCGACGAUAAACGUUUAACGAUCGGGGAAGCCGGCACUCAGUUCGGCCUCCAUCUGGUCAAGAACCCCGUGUUCAGACGGUUUGAGUGGGUGGUCCCUGACCGCCUCGCACGCUCUUCCGCGCCCUACUAUGACGGCGAGGAUUCCGAUGAGAGCAUUAACGAGACCUCCAUCGAGUUCCUUCACAACCAUGGCAUACACAACAUCAUCAGUUUGAACUCGGUCGAGAUAACGCCGCGGGAGAAGGGCAGGCUUCGCGCCGCCAAGAUCUCAUACUCGCACAUCAUCGUACCGGAGUGCACCGCGCCCACACAAGAACAAUUCGAUCAAAUCUGGAACGCCUAUAAGGGGGCGUUGGCUACGAUCGUCUACUGCGGGUAUGGGGAUGGGAGAACAGGGAUGGCUAUCAGCGCAAUUCAGCUCUGCGAGGGUCGGCCCCUGGGCGAACUUGAUUUCAGGGCGAACGGAGCGCAGUGCCGCGGUCAGAUAGAGGCAUUAAAUGCAUUGAGCGAGAGAAUUCAUGGGCGAGUCUCUCCUCCUCCAGACAAAAUCUCACUGCCUGCCGGUGUGGCAGGAUAAAGUUUUUAGGGGUUUUCUGGUCAUGUUUUGCGGGUUUUUACCCAGGGAAUUUUCUGUUUGGGAUGGGGCUUAGCAGGUGGAAAUCUUUCACCUGGAGGCACGGCCUUGCCUUCCUCAGAGAGAGAGGAGGAACAGAGCACGAGAGACCCAUCCUGUACAACCUUCUUUACCACCUUCCUUAUUGUUGUUUCGGAACUUUGUCUCCUCACCUUUUCCCUCUUGCUUACUCACUGUGUUUUACCUGUCAACUUUUAUCAACAUAAUUCUACUCUCUUAUCCGAUAUAAAUACCACAUCGUACAGUCAACACAACUGCGCAGGUGCCGGGUCAAUCACACCAUCCAAAUCACGGAAGGGAACAGAGACACCUACACACCGGUAUGCUGACCCUUGCUUCAAAUAGCAGCGAAACGCACGACGACCCACCCGACACCCGCGAUAUCGAACCCCGACUAUGUGUGGCACCCGAGAGAGGGGAGUGAUAAGAUGCAUCGCGGUGGAGCUGUGCGAAGAUGGUAGGAUCGGGGAAAGUGGAUAUGGUGAUAUGGUGAUACACCGGGGUAUCCCGAUGGGGUGAUAGGAUGGUGUAAGAACUGGGCGAAUACGAAGCGGAAAGGCGAUCAUAGGGAGGCAGCGGUGAAUUCAUGAAGUUGGUAGAGGUGCGAAAUCGGAUGACGGUCGGGAGGAGGAG